UAGCUUUCUUUAUAAUUUUUUUUCUUGGUCUUUUUUUUUCUUUCACUGUAUUUCUGCAUAUAAAAUAAUAAUAAUAAUAAUACAUGGAUGGACAAACGGCAGAGGAAGACUUUUCCUCUUUAUCAACAAUAGAUAAAUUACAACAUAAAUCAUGGAAAGCUCGUCUGUCAGCUUAUGAGGAAUUAACUGAACUCUUUCGUAAAACAAUGGAAGACUCUGACUUUUACACCUAUCAAUCUUAUUUGAAGAAAAUGGUGACUGAUGCAAACGCUAUAGUUCAAGAAUCUGCCUUAGCUGCUGUAAUUGAAUACGUCAGCAACGCCCCUAAUGCUUCAUCUACUCGUGAACAAGUUAUUCCAAGUCUUGUUGAAAAAUGCUUUGGUGCAGCCAGAGCAGGCACAAGACAAAAAGCAACAGAUAUCGUCUUACUUUAUGCAGAAAUUGAUCAACCAGAUAGUGUCAUUGAAUAUAUCGUGCCUGGAACUACAGUAAAGCAGCCCAAGCUGGUGACUCAUACCGUGUUCACUCUAAAAGAACUUGUCAGACAAUUUGGGGCCAAGAAAGUAAAUCCAAAGCCAAUCUUGAAGCUAUUACCAAAAUUAUUUGGACACACUGACAAAAAUGUGAGAGCAGAAACCUUUUCACUCACAGUAGAGAUCUAUCGAUGGAUUGGCCAGGCAAUGAUGACUAGUUUAUCGGAUUUAAAACCCGUUCAACUCAAAGAACUAGAGGAAGCGUUUCAGAAAUUACCCGCUGAGAAACCAACCCCUGAACGUUUGAUUCGUGCGGAGCAGGCUAUGCAGGAAGAACAGGAACAAGAAGAGGAACAGGAAGAAUCAGGAGAGCAGAUGGAUCAAAACGAGGAUGUUGAUAUGGAUCAAGACAUGGAUCCUUAUGAUCUCGCUGAUCCUGUAGACAUUACGGCAAAAUUACCUGGUAAUUUCUAUGAAUUACUCGUUUCAAAAAAAUGGCAGGAAAGAAGAGAAGCAUUGGAUGCGUUACUGGAACAGGCCAAGACACCAAAGAUCUUGGAUAAAGAUUAUUCGGAACUUAUAGCUGCUUUAGCAAAGCGUAUCAAUGAUGCCAACGCACUACUCGUCGGUGUGGCAGCAAACUGUAUAGAAAACAUCGCUCAAGGUUUACGAACAGAUUUUGGAAAAUACAAACCAGUGGUUGCACCCGUCAUUGUUGAGAAGCUGAAGGAAAGGAAACCAGCGACUUUAGAACAGCUAGCAAACGCCCUCAACUCCAUCUUUGCCACUGUACCCAUGUCUGAAUUGGUUGAAGAUAUUACAGCAGCUUCCAAACACAAAAACGCCCAAGUACGAUCAGAAUGCUUCAAACUUGUAUCAAGGCGACUGAGAGAAGUUAAAGAAAUGCCCGGUAAACCAGAAAUUAAGGCAUUUGGAGACAUGUUCAAGAAGCUGCUGGACGAUGCAGAUGCCAAUGCCCGUGAAGCGGGCGCAGAGGGUUUAGGUACAAUGAUGAAGUUGCUUGGUGAAAAACCGAUGCUGGCCUUCACAGAUGGAUUGGACGACAUCAAGAUGGGUAAGAUCAAGGAGUUUUACGAAAAGGUCACAGUCAAGGCCAAGGCUCCAAAAAAGCCCGCGGCUCCUCCUCCCAAAAAACCUGCCGCAGCACCUCCAGCUAAAAAGACAGCGUCCAAGACAGCUCCGCCCAAACGAAAGCCUCCAGCUCGUUUAGCUGGUGCUGCAAGUGCCAAGAAACCUGCUCUAUCAUCUAAACCCAAACCCGCAGCAGCCCCAGCAGCCUCAGCAGCCAAUAAAAAAGGAGCGAAGCAGCCAGCAGCCAGUGCCCCUGAGGAAACGGAAUAUAAUUUCUCGGAGGAGGCGGAAGGUCCGGUAGACAUUUCAGGACAUCUCAAUAAGGUCGUUGCAGAACUAGGCGAUGCAAAUUGGAAGGUCCGCAAGGAAGCUCUUGAUAAGGUACAGGGUAUUAUUAAUGGUGCUCAUAACUCUAUCAAGUCAUCGCUUGGUACCGAAUUCCCAGGUGUUCUGAAGCAGCGACUGAACGAUACCAACAAAAAUUUGCAAAUACAAGCAGUUGAAAUUACUGGCGCAUUGGCUGUAGCUAUGGACAAACUUUUUGAAAAGCACUUGAAGACAUUUGCUGCACCUGUCGCUGCUGUUCUUUCUGAUAACAAGCCAAAUGUUCGUGCAGCUGGUGUGGCGACAUUAGAACAGUUUAGAAAAGCAUGUGGUUUGGAACAAAUGGCUGGUGUGUUUGGAGCUAGCUUAGCAAAUGAGUCACCAGCCUUACGCAAGGAUUUACUGACAUGGUUAAAUACAGCUGUUCCAGAUGAUACCAAUGCAGCUAACGGCGAUUGGACUUCGCUCAUCAGCCCACUGUUUUCUUGUCUGCAAGAUCGUAAUGCCGAUGUUCGAAAGGCAGCUCAGACUUUUCUUCCACACCUUGUCUCCCUUGUCGGAUACGAUGCGGUCUGUCGUAAGGCUAGCGAACUCAAGGCCUCGCAACGUCAAACGGUAAUGCCAUUGAUUGAAUCUGCAAGGGGUCCAGCUCCUGCAUCCUCCAAAGGCGGAUCGUCACAGAUGGAACGUCGUUCCGAGACUCCGUCAGAUGAUCACAGACUUGGUAGUUCUAGUGCAAGUCGCACAAAGACAGUAAAGAAAAAGCUUGGUCUUCCUUCUCCGCGCCCCGUAUCUCAAACAGUCGCCACAGCUCCUGAACCAGAACCUUUGCCACCGAUGAUAGCCAAUAAACAGCUCCGAGCAAAGAAGGAGAUCGCUAGACGGUCCAUGGAGCCUUCUCGCCACGAAGCUGAGUUUAUGGAGCCUGAGGAACAACUGCCUUCAUUAAAUAAACUUCCCCGACUCGGCGGCCGAUCGCAAAUAGGAAAGCCCCGUGGCCUUGUCGCUCCACAACGCAUUUCUCACCAUGCGCCGCAAAGUAUGUCUGAACCCGAGCCAAUGGAAGAUGUCAUUGAUGACUAUGGCCAAAGGAUCCCUGAAGAAGCCUACGAGUAUCAAUAUGAACCACGUCAGGUCCGAUCCUAUCAACAGCAACAGCAGUUCCAGUCUCCAUCAAUGUUACAACAACAACAGCAACAACAGCAACAGCCCACGUUAAACAGCAAUAGCCGAGAAGAUGUUGUAGCCUAUCUAAUUGCUCAGAUCACGAGCGGAGAUCCCCAGGCUAGUAUUGAAGCUCUAAAACAUUUUGACAAGUUUAUUACACAAAGCCCCGAUGUGAUCCUGCCAGAUAUUGAGCCUUUGAUCAAUGCAAUUACCUUACAAGUCAAGCUUGUCUUUUCCUCGAUCGAUCCUAGACAACCAACCUCUACACGUCUUUGCAAGCAUCUGGUGAGUGCUCUAGUCCUGUUAUUUUCAAACCGUGAACUUGCUAGUGCUGUCUCCCACGAUGCAUUGUAUCACCUAUUACAAGAGUUAGCACACCGUUUACUCGAUCAAAAAAUGCUUGCUCUGGAAUCUGGACCUCAACUCUCAAAGGCACUGAAUGUCGCAAUGGUAAAGAUACUUGAAAACAGCAACCGAAAUGUCACAUUUAGUGCGCUUUUAUCCAUCUUGUCCAAUUGCUCUUCUGGGCUCCGUCCAGGUGAUUCGCCUGCUGCUAAAGAAACAAAGUAUACCGAGCUCAUCAUGAAAUGUCUCUGGAAGCUGGCCAAGACCAUUCGAUCUUCCCUCCAGGCCAACCAACUUAACCCUGACGAACUCUUGUAUGAAAUUAAUCGCUUUUUUAUCAUGACACCUCCAACCGAAUGGAAGCGCAGAGCAGCUGAAAAUGUUCCACUAGGCGAGAUACCUCUUCGAACAGUAAAGACAUUACUACUUCAAUUAGUGACAAGUUUAGGCGAUUCGGUAUUUCAGCAUUUAACACUGAUUGAAAAUCCUCAAUCAAGUAGCGUAUACCCCUACCUGCAUCAUAUGCUUGAAGGCUGUCGAAAGAAGGAUGGUAGUAUGACACAACGGCAGAUGCAGCAGUCGCCUACGUCUCAACUACAACAACAACAGCAGAUGCAGAUGCAGAUGCAGAUGCAGCAAUCACAGCAGUCUGAGUUUAUGACACAUUCACGUACCUCUUCGUUAAGUAGGCCAUCAUCUAUUAUAUCGCUUAAAUCAAGUACAAUGGCUCGAUCACCAUCGAUAGCAUCUCACCGAUCUAGCGAAGGAGACAAUGGCAACAGUAUGCAUAUUGAUAACAACCCGAGUCAUCACAACCCUGCUGUCAAUAACCAUAUACAGCCUAUGCAAGUUGACGAGCAUCCACCCCAUGACACAUCAAGUAAUACUCUGAAUGAACUCGAGAUGCACAAUGCACUACAAAGAAUAUUUGCCAAGAUCGGAACUCGCGAUCAAACAAAGCAGGGUAUUAUUGAACUAUACGAAUUUCAAAAGGCUUAUCCAGCUGCGCAAUCCAAAGUGAAUACAUAUCUUAGUCAGACAGGAACGUAUUUCCAAAGUUAUAUCCGCAGAGGACUUAGUAAUUUAGCUGCAGAGGAUAAUGAAAUGCUUGCUGCUUCUACGAUACCCAUGGUACCUACCACGACUACUACUACUGCUACUCCCAUGCCAGCAACACCAGUAGCCACAGUCACUGCAGCCUCAUCUCCAUCACCGACGAAUAUAAGCACGGCAACAGCUACAAACGUACAACCCUUUACUGCGACUCCAUCGACAAUGACUGCUAUGAAUGCUGGUAUGACGAUGGCAGCUAGCGUAGCAAGCGAAGAUCAGCAUCGAUACUCAUUUGAGCAGCAACAGACACAGAUCAGAACGACUAUCAAUGAAAAUCCUAGACCCAGUAGUUUUGUUGCAGAUGACGCUGCUGAUAUAAAGUUAAGAUUACUUAGAUUACGACAAAAAUUUGGAUAUAAGAAUGAGGUUGACGAUAAUAACAACGCUUCAACAUAAUCACCCUCCCCUUCUUUUUUUAAUGCAAGCAGUAUAUCCCCCCCUUCUUUGUAAUAAGCGUUUUCUUUAUUCUAUUAACAAUAAAAGAGAGCGAAUUUAGUAACAAUGAAUUAAACACUUGUUGGAGGUACAAUUUGAUAAAAAUAGUCUAGUAAAGAAGUCAUCACCCUUAUUUGUAUCAUUAUGAUUAU